GGGUCCAAAAUUCCAAAGGAAACACGUCAUCAGCUCAAAACAAAUCAUACAGAAAACAUAAACAUUUCUGGGUUUCCCACUUUUCAUUUUUUAUUUUCCCACAAAACCCACAAAAUUAAACAAUGAAAGCAGUAGUAAUCACUACCUCAGGAGGCCCAGAAGUGCUGCAACUGCAAGAAGUAGAAGACCCCCAAAUCAAAGACGAUGAAGUUUUGAUCAAAAUUGAAGCAACUGCCCUUAAUCGAGCAGAUACUGUUCAAAGGAAGGGUUCCUACCCUCCCCCACCUGGGGCUAGUCCUUACCCUGGUCUAGAAUGUUCUGGAACCAUCCUUCAAGUUGGAAAUGAUGUCACUCGCUGGAAAGUUGGUGACCAGGUGUGUGCACUUCUUGGUGGAGGAGGCUAUGCUGAGAAAGUGGCUGUUCCUGCUGGACAUGUUCUUCCUGUUCCAUCUGGUGUUUCACUCAAGGACGCUGCAAGUUUCCCAGAGGUGGCAUGCACGGUUUGGUCAACUGUUUUCAUGACGAGUCGACUUUCAGCGGGAGAGACAUUUUUGGUUCAUGGGGGCUCCAGUGGCAUUGGUACUUUCGCUAUUCAGAUAGCUAAAUACCAUGGAGCAAAAGUAUUUGUGACAGCAGGUACUGAAGAAAAGUUGGCAUAUUGUAAAGAUAUUGGAGCUGAUGUGUGUAUCAAUUACAAGACUGAAAAUUUUGUUGCGAGAGUGAAAGAAGAAACAGCUGGAAAAGGUGUUGAUGUUAUAUUGGACAACAUGGGAGGAAGUUACUUGCAGCGUAACAUUGACAGCUUGAAUUUAGAUGGCCGGCUUUUUAUCAUUGGCUUUCAAGGUGGAGCUACUUCACAAAUUAGCCUUGCAAGUUUAGCAGCAAAGAGACUCACGGUGCAAGCUGCUGGAUUGCGGAGUAGAACUCCGGAGAACAAAGCAGUUAUAGUGAAGGAAGUGGAGAAGAAUGUGUGGCCUGCAAUCAUAGAGAAGAAGGUGAAGCCUGUAAUUCACAAGUACUUUCCUCUGUCACAGGCAGCUGAAGCCCACCAGCUUAUGGAAAGUAGCAAGCAUAUAGGCAAAAUAUUGCUUCUUCCAUGAUAAAUGAGAUGCUUCAGCCAAUGAGGCCCGUCGAUGAACUCAGUUCUUACAAGUGGAGCAAAUGUACCUCUAGAACAAUCUAAUUGGCUGAUAGUUCUAGUCAUACUCUGUUGUACACUGAUGAGCCAUACUUGUACACUGAUGCAAGUUGAAUAUGUAUGUUUUGGAAAAGAUGUACAGUCAAUAAAAAAUCCAGACACUGUUACGAUGGUCACUGGUUUAUUUC